AUGUUAAGAACAAAAAAGUUGAAAAAAUCGCGUACAUCUGUAAUAACUAUUUGUAAAUCGAAAAAUGCGGCACCAAUAUGUGGCUCGGGCAGUAAAGUUGAUGAUGAUAAAACCAACAGCAGCAGAAACACAAAAGAUACAUCUCUAGACAAUAGUUGCAGUCAACAGAUUGACAUUCCCAAAAACUGGGAAUCCUUUCUGGGAGAAUUAGUAGGAAGAUUAGAAAACCCAAAUAACACAAAAUUACAUCCUCUUAAAGCCUCCCAUGUACCUAGGUCUGACAUGCCAAACUCUGAAAAUGUAGGAAUUUGUGAAAUUAAGUCUUGUGACAACUUUAACAAAACGGUAAGUAUAUCGAAGGAGUUUUUCAUCCAAGAAGCUGCUACAGACUCGUUUGAAAAAUGGAAUUCAGUUUUUGAAGAAUCAAGUUGUAAAUUAGAAUACAAAUUUAUGAAUAAAAUCAGUAAAAACGACUCUAGAUCCAACACUAAUUCAUUAGUCCGAGAUCUGAAAACUGAAGAAAAUGAAAUUGGUGAAGAUGAAUCUAGUGGAUGCAGCAACACAUCAAAUACAUCUAUAGACCGUUUAGUGCAAGAAAUAAAACUACCCUUUGGGAAAAAAUCUCAAAUUAUAUCAGCAUUCGAAUAUGAAACUAACAUAAACAAAAAUGAUAAUAACAAAUUCUUAGAAAAUGACCGAGAAACCGAGAAACCAAAAGAAAUUAAACAGCCUUUUGUGAGAAAAUUUCAAAAUAUGUCAACAACCUACGAAUGCAAAACUGACACCAGUGAAAUUAAUAACGAUGAAUUUGUUGAAAGAGACAGGACAGCAACACUACCACCACAAACAACACAUAUCAUCACACUCUUCAUAACACCAGAUAACAAUCAGUGUAAAGUAAAUCCUGACGAGAUGUUUGAAUCAUCCGAAUCUGACGUAAUACUCCUGGACUACCCAUACAACUGCAUGCAUUCAACAACUGUCGAAUUUUAUUGUGAGAAUAAGUUGGAACAAUCAUUCAGUCUGCAGUUUGAGAGUGAAGACGUUUAUGAUGAAAAUCAAAACCUGAAUGUUAACGAAGUAGUAGUAGAUAUGAAAAAGAAAAAUUAUGACGAACCUACAUUUGCGGAAAUGUGCUUCAAAAUACCGAUGAAUAAUUCAGACGAAAAUGGAGCCAAUUCAACAAAAAUCUUCUCUGGAAACAUUCCAGGUUCACCGCUUAACGAAACGAACAACAUCGAAAUAGAAUCCAGUCACACGAAAUCAGCCCAAUCGCAGUUCAAUUUCACGAUAAACACAAACAACCCCGAAUUAAGUAACUACACACUCAAUCAAAUUGAAAAUUAUUGUUGUCAACUAGCAAGUGAAAUGAAAAAGAACUUGAGAAGUUGCAGCAAUGAUGAUUUUACAAAAUCAUCCAAAGAUUAUUCUUUUGAAGUCACGGUUGAAUCUGGUUCUAAUGCAUGCGAAGAAAUUUUGAAAAAUGAAACAGCCGUAAACACUAAUUUUAACACAGAGCAAACAACCGCAGACGAUCAGUUAGCUGAAUUCAACCCAUCACAAAAUCAACCCAACAGUGAAGAAGUCCUUCGUCGAAGGCUCCAAAAAUCAGAAAACGAACAACUCAAAAACGGAGCAAACACAUCUAAAAUCCAGCAAAUUCCAAUUGCAAAAAAUGACAACCUGAUGAAUAAUGACAUCUCAUUUAGGCUCGCUAGUGAGCUUGAAAAUAAAUUUAAAGCUGAUAACGCUAUUGCUGAUGUUGAUGGCAAAAAUACGAAAAUUAACCUACCCAAAAUGGAAUUCACCCUUCCAAUGCUAUACACCGAGUUAGACUCUAGGAAAGAAACGAUAUCCGACCGAUUAGCUCAGUCUGUAGGAGUGCCUCGCACUGUUAUCAUGCGAUAG